AUGUCUUGUAAAAAGUCAAAGUUUGGUUUGAAGUCGCCCCCAGUGGAGGAAGAGGAGGAAUAUGUCACUCCAGGAGGAUACGAGCUGGAGAAGAUCUUAAACCGCGGCUCUGUGGCCUACACCCACGUCAAUGAAGUUUGGGACAAUGUUUAUAUAGGAGACGAGGAGACUGCGAGGGACAAGUACAAGCUGAAGGAGCUCGGGAUCACUCACAUUCUGAACGCGGCCGAGGGGACGUGGAACAACGUGGACACGGGAGCCGGUUACUAUAGCGACAUGGACAUUGUUUAUUAUGGUGUGGUCGCCGAGGACACCACGACCUUUGACCUGAGCCAGUACUUCCACUCGGCGGCCAGCUUCAUCGACAAAACUCUGAGCGAUCCGCAAAAUAAGCUGCUGGUGCACUGUGUGAUGGGCAGGAGCAGAUCGGCCACUCUCUUUCUGGCUUACCUCAUGAUCUGCAGACACAUGACGGUGGUGGACGCCAUAGAGACGGUGAAAAAACGCAGACGCAUCAUUCCCAACUGGGGCUUCCUCAAACAGCUGAGAGAACUGGACAUGCAGCUACAGGAGACGAGGCUGGAGCAAAGUGAAAAACCAUGACAAACCACUGAACAAGGGACUGAAUGUUAGUGUGUGUAAUAUAGUAGAGGUACAAUUAGGGUUAAGCGAUU